GUGAAGCCUUCCGGUCGCUCCUCUGAUCGCUGUGAGGUUGUGACUCCACAGAGAAGGAGACGGGAAGGAGAGAGGAUACAGGAUACAGGGAAGGAAGAGUUCAAGGAUACAGAGGAAUCCAGCUGAGAGGAGGACAGCAGGAGGUCGGCAUGCAACAUGAGUAACGGCAGCCACGGAGUCGGGGGGCUCCGACCCCUCUGGAAUGUCAACGCAUCAUCGGUGAUCCAAUCAGCUGACAUGUUGUCCAACACCUCAUGCAACAUGUCCUCCAAUGAUUCUACAUUCUGCUCUCUUGUGGACGAAGAAGUGGGAGCAGGGAGUUCCUAUAAAGCCCUGGAGAUGUUUUUUAUCGCACUGGUUACUGGAUCUUUGAGCUUUGUGACUGUCACAGGGAAUAUUUUAGUUAUGCUUUCCAUCAAAGUAAACCGCCACCUACAAACUGUCAAUAACUAUUUCUUAUUUUCAUUAGCAUGUGCUGACUUGAUCAUCGGUGCUUUCAGCAUGAACUUGUACACAGUCUACAUCAUUGUUGGGUACUGGCCACUUGGGCCGGUGGUCUGCGACCUGUGGCUAGCUUUAGAUUAUGUCGUCUCAAACGCCUCAGUGAUGAAUUUAUUGAUCAUCAGCUUUGAUCGCUAUUUCUGCGUGACCAAACCCCUCACAUAUCCGACAAGGAGGACAACUAAGAUGGCAGGCCUAAUGAUCGCAGCAGCAUGGAUCCUGUCCUUCAUCUUGUGGGCUCCUGCCAUCUUGUUCUGGCAGUUCAUCGUUGGACAGCGAACAGUGCCACCUGGAGAAUGUUAUAUUCAGUUCCUUUCGAACCCUGCAGUGACGUUUGGGACAGCGAUUGCUGCAUUCUAUCUUCCGGUCAUUAUUAUGACCGUCCUGUACAUCCACAUUUCCCUCGCCUCCAGGAGCAGGGUCUCCAAACACAAACCAGAGAAGAAAGAGAAGAAGGGAAUAAAAACCCCCAGCUUGAUGAAGAGCCACCUGUUAAAGCAGAACAAUAACAAUGAGACCAGUCCUCAGGCCAGUCCCCGCUCGACUCCCAAACUCAGUCUGGAGUCAACCACCACUGCACUGGAGGCUGUGAAGAAUGGUGGAGUGGAGGAACCGAAACCUGAUCAGGCUCCAGCACAACCUAGUCCAGGACUCACACAGGAGGAAAAAGAGAGCUCCAACGAUUCGUCCACAGCUUUUAUUCCCCCCACGGAGCCAAAGGACAACCCCGACCACAAGGUGACAUCUGAGGCUGCAACAAAUCCCAUCCCAGCUGCCACAACAACUUCCAAUCCCGCCUCGUCCAAGAUCAACUCCAACUCGAGGUGGUCUAAGAUAAAGAUCGUAACGAAGCAGGCCGGGGAUGAAUGCAUCACGGCCAUAGAGAUUGUCCCCCCUGUCGAGGGAGCCGAGAGGCAUUCCAUCCCAAUCAGCCGUCCUCGAACUGUGGCAAGAAAGUUUGCAAGCAUUGCUAGAAGCCAAGUGAAGAGGAAAAGACAGAUGGCUGCCAGAGAAAAGAAAGUGACCAAGACUAUCUUUGCCAUCCUGCUGGCUUUCAUCAUCACAUGGACGCCGUAUAACGUCAUGGUGCUGAUCUCCACCUUCUGCCAGUCCUGUGUGCCUGACACUGUGUGGGCGAUCGGCUACUGGCUGUGUUACGUCAACUCCACCAUCAACCCAGCUUGUUAUGCACUGUGCAACGCCACCUUCAAAAAGACAUUCAAGAACUUGCUGCUGUGCCAGUAUAAAAAUAUAGGUACAAGAUGAGAUGGAAGGAGAAGGCUGAGGAUGGGCUGGAUGGGGAAGGGGUAGACCACUGCAAGAGCAUGGGACAGAGGAGCAGAGAGAGGCAAUGUUGCUGAGAGGUGAGUGGAGGAGAGCUGAAGAAGCUGGACAGGGGUCCUUCUCAAGAGAAGAGACAUCUUCAGGGGAUGAACAACGCUAGUUUAUUCUGUAAAUGAAUGCCAGUCAUCCCUGUUGGUACGAAUAGAUUCAGACUGGAGUGUAAACCAGUGAUUCUUUGGACUGCCCAGAUCCCACAAGAUGUAAUUAAUCACCAUGCGGUUAUCUGAUUUAUUUAUUCAAUUCAGUUUAUUUAGUAUUGCCCAAAAUCACAGAUCAGCCUCAGUCCCGGGACCUUACAUCGGAUCUCAAACAGAUGAGUUUCCAAUGUACACUGUGUCACCAUGGUGAUUAUAUAAGACACUUAAGACAUGGCUUUCUGCUGGGUAUCUUAAAAUAUGGAUUAAGAUUUGCACUCAAUUGUAACUAAACAUAAUUCAUGAUAUUAUGCCAUAUCAUAAUGCAUCAAUGUUGUAUGCAUCUUAACCUAGUAGGUCACAAAGAAAUCCCCCCGUGGCUUUUGGUGAUCAUUUUUAUUUAAGUAUAGGACAGCUGUCGUCUUCGAAAUCAAUCAAACUGGUGG